UACUCUGGCAGCACUAGUUCGAUCAUAUGUUCUCCGGGCAGCAUUGGCCAAAUUGUACGCAAAUUUUUCUUAUUUUUUCGCUUUCAAUUCUUUCCAACAAAAAUUAAAGUUCGGCAAUAUAUUUCGGCAAGAAUUUAAAUACGCAAACGGUUAUAAAAAAAGUUGUCAAAACGCGCAAGUAAAUGCAAAUAGUCAAAUAAAGCCAAGUCAAGGUCGUUCGCGACGAAAACUGUCAGCAGUGCACCAAAUCGGUGGUUUGCAGUAGCAGCUGGCAGCAGAAGGAAAAAGUGAAUUUAAAUCAUUGGUAGUGCAAUGCGGAAGUGGUCGGGGCAGUUUCAAAAGCAGCAGGAGCAGUGGGUUUAUGCGGCACCUACUUUUGCAUUGAAAAUCGGAAGCGAGUUUGUCUAAAACUUAUUCUGAGUUGUGUGGCCUAAAAAUUGACGCCUUACGGCUUUUUUAGUUGAAGUGACUUUUUUGUUCGUAUUAAAAGUAAGCGGCGGUCAGUUGAAGUUGCGUCAUUGGCGGUAUACAUUACGUGCUGACUCUAGUUAGACUGUGCAGCAAAGUUGGUGCUUAUAUUUUAGAAGCGCUUACGAUAUUUUAGCACCUUUAAUCGCUACCAUAUCCUACUAAGCCAUGUCUACUACGCUGGAAGGAACACUUAGUAAAUGGACAAAUGUCAUGAAAGGUUGGCAGUAUCGUUUCUUCGUGUUGGAUGAGAAUGCUGGUUUGCUGUCCUACUAUACGUCGAAGGAGAAAAUGAUGAAAGGCGUACGCCGCGGUUGUGUGCGACUCAAGGACGCAGUUAUCGGUAUAGACGAUCAAGAGGACAAUACGUUCACGAUAACUGUGGAUCACAAAACAUUCCAUUUUCAGGCGCAACACAGCGAGGAACGCGAGAAGUGGGUUAGACGACUAGAGGACACCAUACGACGGCAUGCGAAUCGCACUCGGCUGUGGGACAAUCAGAGCACUUUUUACCUUGGCGGCUAUCAGAAGGAUGUGAUAGGCAACAAACGUGCCAACCACUUGGAAUUACUGGGUCGACGUGUAUCUGAAGCGGACGCCUAUUUGCAGUUAAUCAUCGAGCAGACUAAUAAAAUCGACAAACGCAUUGAGGAAAUAACGGAUGCUGAGGAAAAAGUCAAAUGCAAAGCGCUACAGGACAACGCCAGUGCCAUGUUGGAUCAUAUCAAGCACUCCAUUGUAAGUCUACAAAUUGCCAAAAAUAUGGCUCAUCCAAUUAAUGGCAUCUACAAUGGGCCCAUAACUGCGACCACCCGCAGCAACAGUGCCGCUGCCACUCCGACGAGCAUGCAUACUGCAGGCACAACUUCUGGGGGCGCUAUGAUAGCCGCAGCGGCAGGCAAAACGCUACUCACGAGCGGCAUAGAUCCGGUGACGGGCGCAAAACUGGAUGUGAGCGGGGGCGAGGAGGAGGAGGAGGAUUCCACUACGGAGAAUGGCUUACUGCCGCAAACAGUGCCACGCGUUGUCAAUGAUGUACCCAAGCAACAUCAGCAGCGCAUCGAACUUGACCAGCAGCAACAAAAAACCAAACAAUACUUCCGUUAUCAACGCCAAUAUCAACACAUCGGCAUGCUGCCUAGCCCCACCGCCAACAGCAUUGAUAUUGUUGACAUUAUCGCCGAUGGCAUUGAGUACGGCACUGCGGUCGAAAUCGCCAUUAGCGGCGGCCCAGUUGGUGCGACAACAGCUCCUCUGGCUGUAGAUGUGCCUGAAACCUCAUAUUCUAGCAGCGAAGAUGAAGAGGACUUCUACGACGCGAACGAUGAUCCGUUCACUAGUAUGGGAAAUUCACCUAGCUAUGCCACACGUAGCUUCUCAGUGGAAACGUCAUCGCCUACAAAUGAAAAUGCACCGGACACAUUUCCACCGAAGGGUAGUGCCUCGGCGGACAUGAGUGCAAAGUCAUCGAUUGUCGAUCGACUAGAUGAUUACCAGACAGCACUGUCUACUGUUUCGGAAAGCUUACCAACCGGUUCAUCAACAACUGCUGCAGCAUCUGCGCCACGACGAAGUGGCGAUGCAACAUUCCAAAAUUACGGCGAGGAAGGCUCCAUCGAUUACGAUGCACUGUACGAGGAGGAGGAGGACUGUACAAUCAGCAUGGAAGCGCACGGUUCGAUGAUUUCCCAUCUCAUAUCCCAAGUGAAGAUUGGCAUGGACUUGACCAAAGUCGUAUUGCCCACAUUCAUUUUGGAACGACGCUCAUUGCUAGAGAUGUACGCCGAUUACUUUGCACAUCCGGAUCUCUUCCUAAGAAUUGCCGAGAUGGAAACACCUCGUGAUCGUAUUGUUGAGACUUGUCGCUGGUAUUUGAGUGCCUAUCACGCUGGUCGAAAAAGCGCUGUCGCCAAAAAACCUUACAAUCCCAUAUUGGGUGAAGUUUUUCAAUGCUAUUGGGAUAUACCAGGUGAAGUACCCGACGAGACUGCAGUUAGUGACGGGCCGGUGCCCUGGUGUCAUCGCAAUCAACUGACGUUCUUGGCGGAACAGGUUUCACAUCAUCCGCCAAUUUCCGCCUUUUAUGCUGAACAUGUUAAUAAGAAAAUUACUUUCUCCGCGCAUGUUUGGACCAAAUCGAAAUUUCUUGGCCUUUCCAUCGGAGUGCAUAACAUCGGCGAAGGUAUUGUUACUCUGGUAGACCAUAGUGAGGAAUAUAUAGUAACGUUUCCAAAUGGAUAUGGCAGAUCUAUUUUAACCGUCCCAUGGAUCGAAUUGGGUGGCACUGUGGAAAUACGUUGCCCGCAGACAGGAUAUCAUGCUACAAUUGAAUUCUUAACAAAACCAUUUUAUGGCGGCAAGCGGAAUAAAGUGACUGCAGAGAUAUAUGCACCCAAUGAGAAGAAGCCAUUCGUGUCAAUAGCUGGAGAAUGGAGCGGUCUUAUGGAAGCCAAAUGGCAUGAUAAAAAUAAAACUGAAGUAUUCGUAGACGUAAAUCGUAUUCCAAUAUUUAAGAAACAAGUUCGACCAAUCGUUGAACAAGAAGAAUACGAAUCCAGGCGUGUGUGGAAGGAGGUGACAGCGGGACUCAAAUUUAACGACAUCGAAAAAGCCACAAACGCCAAAUGCGCAGUGGAACAAAUUCAACGUGACCAAGCGAAGAACAGGAAAGAGACAGAGAUACAGUGGGAGCACAAGCAUUUCCGACCGGUUGGUGAUAACUGGAUCUACACAAAGCCACUUAGCCAGCGCGUAUACCAACAGGAAAAGGAGAGCAAGAGAUAAUAAAGAAAUGUCGGCAAUCAUCCAUGAGGCACCCCAAUACCGACGACGACAAAUGAAGAGAGGGAAGAGGACGAAGAGCAUCACUGCAAACAAAAUCGUUAAGUGGUGUAAACGUUUGAGGAAAAAUCUGAUAAUGGUGGGUGGGUGGAGAAUGUGAAACUGAAUGAAAAAAAAAAAAACCAAAACCUAAAAAGCACACACACAUUCAUAUCAAAGAACGUAGAACGCUAACAAGAUUGCCACCGAAUGCAGGAGAAUAUUAAGACACUUUCGAAUGGACACGACCCAAAACAUAACAAAAGCAAUGGACAACGAAAAAGGACGGACGGUGAAUACAUCAAUGCAAAGAAAAUGCACAAAUAAAAGAAAUUUCAACUUCCUCUUCCGCGAACUACUUUUGAAUAACAACUCCAAUGCAGAGAGGUGCUAUUGUGCCACUUCCUCUCCAGAUUGGCCUAUGGAUAUGGUGUACGAAUGUGUCGAUUUAUACGAAUGGGUGUGCGAUAAGAUGGUUGUUGUUGUAUGGCAGACGGACGAGUUAAGGAUGCGCAGUUAAAAUAAGUAUGUGAAUCUGUAGAUGUUAAGCCAAUGUUGCCGGAGCAUAUAAAACAAAGUCUUAUUAAAUAAGAAACCUAAAAAGUUACAAUUACUUUAUUGAAGAAACAAACAAUCUGAGCUAAACCACUCUAUGAGACACAACACAUUUUAAAUUAAAUUGUAAAAAUGCAAAUACACAUAUAAAUCGAUUGCAAUAAAUAAUGUUCGUACAUACAUACUUAUGUACAUUUAGUGAAAGUGUGUAACUAGGCAAGUGGAAAGAAGAGAAGAAAAUAAAAUAUCUACUACAUGUAAGUGUAAAGCGGGCAAGCAUGACUUGUUAUAAUAGUUCAUAUCGGGCCUAGUAAUAUAUGUAAUGAAACUAAAAAAUAAUAUAAAUAAUAAUCACAAUGGAAAUAUUAAUAAACAAAACAAGGUUUAAAACUAAAGAAAAUAAACGCGUGAGUGCUUGUAGAAUAUAAAAUAUAGUACAUAUACUUCUAUUUUUCAUAUGCGAGUCAAACUAACUACAGUAAACGAAAAAGAGCACUUACCUCUCACUUUUCUUUACGAACUCUCUUAUUUAGAGUAAAACACCUUUUUAAUGACACUGUGUAAAAGUGAAAAUUAACACUUAUCGAGUGACCUAGUAGCGUGCCCGAAAAAGUCACAAAACUACAGUUAAAAUGUUUCCAAAACCCUAAAAUAACUUCAAAUAUUUGUUAAGAAAGUUUUAAAAAGUUGCCAAAAGCAUUUUUUUAACCUAAACUUGGUCACUCAAAAAGUUCGUACAAUUUUCUUGACUUUGUUACACCGUGUAAUGUUUAAUGUAAGGUGUAUUCGAGCUACAAUAAAUGCGGCAGUGUAACAUUUUGCGAAAGGGCAUCACGUUCUAUGCGAAAAUUCAGCCUUCAUCUUGUGUUCGAGGCAGAGACAUAACUAUUAAAGAAAAAAGAAUAAAAAUCAAUCAAUAAUUAUUAUAUUAAGAUACAAAUUUUUCAAAUCAUCUGUAAUUAUUAUUCAUGGAGUUAUAUUAUAAAAGUCUUUUCAUAAUAAUUAUCAGACAGAUAAAUAUUUUUAAGUCUUUA